AGUGCUCCCAGUUUGCCCAGUAGCAUCGCCGCCAUGCCUCACCAGUACCCAGCGCUCACCCCGGAGCAGAAGCAGGAGCUGCACGACAUCGCCAAGCGCAUCGUGGCGCCGGGCAAAGGCAUCCUGGCUGCUGAUGAGUCCACCGGCAGCAUCGCCAAGCGGCUGAGCUCGGUGGGGGCGGAGAACACGGAGGAGAACCGGCGCUGGUACCGCCAGCUGCUGUUCACGGCCGACAACCGCGUGGAUCCGUGCAUCGGCGGAGUCAUCCUCUUCCAUGAGACCCUCUACCAGAAGGCCGACGACGGCCGCCCCUUCCCUCAGGUCAUCAAGGCCAAGGGAGGGGUCGUCGGGAUCAAGGUUGACAAAGGCGUUGUGCCCCUGGCUGGCACCAAUGGGGAGACCACCACCCAGGGGCUGGACGGGCUGAUGGAGCGCUGCGCUCAGUACAAGAAGGACGGGGCUGACUUUGCCAAGUGGCGCUGCGUGCUGAAGAUCUCGGAGCACACCCCGUCCCGCCUGGCCAUCAUGGAGAACGCCAACGUCCUGGCACGAUACGCCAGCAUCUGCCAGCAGAACGGCAUUGUCCCCAUCGUGGAGCCCGAAAUCCUCCCUGACGGUGACCACGACCUCAAACGCUGCCAAUACGUCACUGAGAAGGUCCUGGCAGCGGUGUACAAAGCCCUGAGCGACCACCACAUUUACCUGGAGGGCACUUUGCUCAAACCCAACAUGGUGACCGCGGGCCAUUCGUGCACCAAGAAGUACAGCCCCGAAGAGAUCGCCAUGGCCACCGUCACCGCCCUGCGCCGCACCGUCCCCCCCGCAGUGCCCGGUGGGUCCCCCGGCCCCAUAGGAACGGCCCCGGCCCCAUAGCGCCACCCCAUGGGG